GUCGAAGGAAGACGGACAGUCGGAGAGAGAGAGUCACAGCCAGCGAAAAAACCAGCGGAGAUUGUUAACAUGCCAGUGUUUUAGCUUGAAUCUCUAGUUUUCCAUCGACGUCGUGGAUAAUAACACGGCUUGUUUUGCUUGGUUGUAAAGGAGGUGUUUGAACUUCCCUUCAUAUUCCUGCCCAACGUAUUUCCACGAAGGGAGGCGGCGGUGGAGCGCUCGGCAGCCAUCUUUGGAGCUGCCUGGGAGUGGGAUACGACUAUCUGGCACCCCAGAUACUUCGAGGCUCUGACCACAUAUGAGACCACUGUCCUGCAGAUGAGCCAUCGGUGGGGGCUAUCCAGUCGCUGUCGCAGACCCAGAUAGUCCCGGGCGGCAGCGGCAUUGCCCCCUUGCUCCCCAUUAUGCCCAACAGCAGUCGGGCGGGGAGCCUGAAGGACCCCGAAGUUGCUGAUCUGUUCUUCAAGGAGGACCCAGAAAAGCUCUUUGCAGACCUGCGUGAGAUCGGACAUGGCAGCUUCGGUGCUGUAUAUUUUGCACGGGAUGUGCGGACAAAUGAGGUGGUGGCCAUCAAGAAGAUGUCUUACAGCGGAAAGCAGUCAACAGAGAAAUGGCAAGACAUAAUCAAGGAGGUGAAAUUCCUGCAGAGAAUACAACACCCCAACAGUAUAGAGUACAAAGGAUGCUACCUGCGAGAGCACACAGCCUGGCUGGUAAUGGAGUAUUGUCUGGGAUCCGCCUCUGAUUUGUUAGAAGUUCACAAGAAACCCUUGCAAGAGGUUGAAAUAGCUGCAAUUACCCAUGGUGCUCUCCAAGGCUUGGCUUAUCUUCACUCCCACAACUUGAUUCAUAGAGAUAUCAAGGCUGGAAACGUCUUGCUGACGGAGCCAGGGCAGGUCAAGCUAGCCGAUUUUGGUUCUGCGUCUAUCGCCUGUCCUGCCAACUCCUUUGUUGGGACUCCAUAUUGGAUGGCCCCAGAAGUAAUUUUAGCUAUGGAUGAGGGUCAGUAUGACGGGAAGGUGGACAUUUGGUCUUUGGGAAUAACCUGCAUUGAAUUAGCUGAGAGGAAACCUCCACUUUUCAACAUGAAUGCAAUGAGUGCCUUAUACCAUAUAGCACAGAAUGAAAGCCCCAUGCUGCAGUCUAGUGAAUGGACGGAAUAUUUCCGAAACUUUGUAGAUUCUUGCCUUCAGAAAUUCCCCCAGGAUAGGCCGAACUCUGAGGAGCUCUUACAGCAUGCAUUUGUCCAACGUGAGCGACCAGAAUCGGUUCUAAUCGACCUCAUAAGUCGGACAAAGGAUGCAGUACGGGAACUGGACAAUCUGCAGUAUCGCAAAAUGAAGAAGAUCUUGUUUCAGGAAGCCCACAAUGGACCCACAACCGAGGCACAAGAUGAAGAGGAGGAGCCCGAGCACAGUGUGAGUAGGACGGGUACAGUGAACAGCGUGGGGAGCAACCAGUCCAUACCCAGUAUGUCAAUCAGUGCCAGUUCGCAGAGCAGUUCGGUCAACAGCUUGACAGAUGCCGGAGACGACAAGAGUGAGGUGGACAUGGAGGGAGACCACACAGUUAUGUCCAACAGCUCCGUCAUUCACCUGAAACCAGAGGAAGAGGCAUACAAUGAAGAGUCAGAGUCUAACACCAGGCCAACAGAGCCCCAGUCACAGCCUGCACAAACUCCACGGCCUAAACGGAACCGCGAGCACUUUGCUACUAUUCGUACCGCCUCAGUGCUCACUCGGCAGAUUAAAGAGCACGAGCAGGAUUCUGAGUUAAGGGAACAGAUAUUGGGCUACAAGCGCAUGAGGCGGCAGCACCAGAAACAGCUGAUGGCUCUGGAAAACAAGCUGAAGGCUGAGAUGGAUGAGCACAGACUCCGUCUGGACAAGGAGCUUGAGAACCAGAGGAAUAGCUUUGCCCAGGAGAUGGAGAAACUGAUAAAGAAGCAUCAGGCGUCCAUGGAGAAAGAUGCAAAAACUUUUAGCAAUGAUGAAAAGAAGUUCCAACAACAUAUUCAGAGUCAGCAGAAGAAAGAACUCAACAGCUUCCUGGAAUCCCAGAAACGAGAGUACAAACUUCGUAAGGAACAACUCAAAGAGGAGUUGAAUGAAAACCAGUCGACACCCAAAAAAGAGAAGCAGGAGUGGUUGGCAAAGCAGAAGGAGAACUUCCAACACUUCCAAGCAGAGGAAGAGGCCAACUUACAGCGUAGACAGAGGCAGUAUCUGGACCUGGAGUGCCGCAGGUUCAAGCGGCGGAUUUUGAUCGCUCGCCAUAAUAUUGAGCAGGACUUGGUGCGAGAGGAGCUAAACAAGCGUCAGACCCAGAAGGAUUUGGAACACGCCAUGCUUCUCCGGCACCAUGAGUCCAUGCAGGAGUUGGAGUUCCGCCAGCUCAAUACCAUCCAAAGGACGAGGGCUGAGCUGACCCGCCUGCAGCACCAGACGGAGCUCACCAACCAGCAGGAGUACAAUAAGAGGAGAGAGAGGGAACUGAGGCGCAAGCAUGUGAUGGAGGUUCGCCAGCAACCCAAGAGCCUCAAGUCCAAAGAGCUACAGAUCAAGAAGCAAUUCCAGGACACAUGUAAGAUCCAGACCCGGCAGUACAAAGCACUGAGAAACCAUCUGUUGGAGACCACACCAAAGUCAGAGCACAAGGCAGUCCUUAAACGGCUGAAGCAGGAGCAGCACCGCAAACUGGCCAUCCUGGCAGAGCAGUAUGACCACUCCAUCAACGAGAUGCUUUCCACUCAGGCGCUACGUCUGGAUGAGACUCAGGAGUCUCAGUGCCAAGCCUUACGAAUGCAGCUACAGCAGGAGCUUGAGCUUCUGAACGCCUACCAGAGCAAGAUCAAGAUGCAGACGGAUGCCCAGCAUGAACGCGAGAAGAAGGACCUGGAGCAGAGGGUGUCGAUCCGAAGGGCCCUGCUGGAACAAAAGAUUGAGGAGGAGAUGCUCUCGCUGCAGAACGAACGCUUGGAGCGAAUCCGGAGCCUGCUGGAGCGUCAAGCCCGAGAAGUGGAGGCUUUUGACUCAGAGAGUAUGCGCCUGGGUUUCAGCAACAUGGUGCUAUCGAAUAUCUCCUCAGAGGGGCUCAGCAAUAGCUUUACCGGUGCUCCAGGAAACUGGAGUCACCAUCAGCAACUACACCCAUCAGGGAGCUCUCAAGGGCCACACUGGGGCAGCGGGGGGUCAGGUGCAAGCCAUCAAGGUGGCCAUCACCACUAUCACUCCAGUCCAGGAGGGGCCGCUAUGCAGCAAGGCUGGGGGCAGGGCAUGCAGGGAGGUGGGGCUCCAUCACCGUGGGGCCACCCAUCAGCAGCAGCCCUCGUAUCCCGAAGCAGUGCAGGUGCACAGAACAGCCCCCAGGCGAUGGGGAGGACACCCUCAGGAGGGCGCAGUGAGCAGAGCAUGAGCAGGAGUACCAGUGUCACCUCUCAAAUAUCCAACGGGUCACAUCUUUCCUACACAUAGAUCUCCUGCUCGCCCUGGAGCUUGAGCGGGGAGAUGUAGAAUCCAAGAAACACAGCAGAACAGAGUGAUGGCGCUGGGCUCUGCUGCGUUGUCACUCCCUGCGCCUCAGUUUCUCCCAUGUACAGAUGUGGAUGUGUGAUCAAAAAUAUUUUGCUCAGGUCAAAAGGGCUGGAAAAGACGCAGCCCGCCCUCACGGCAGUUUAUCGGCACACAUGCAGAUCCUUAAAUUCAUGUUACAUGAGCAAUUUGAGUGUCAACAUACAAUACUCCCAUUGAUUUUUAUUUACAGCGCUCCCAUGGAAUUUUAAAACCUACAUGUUUUGUGCUAUUUGCAGCCAUUGCUCUCAUUUGCACAUCAAACACUUGUUAAACAGCCUUUGACAUGUGUUCACUAUGUCCUUUAAGCAAUGUGGUAUCAAACAAUCACAGGAAAGUGAUUUUAUUUAGCCCCCCUUCCUUUAACUCAGCUGAUUCAUCAUCAGUUAUACACUGGUUGAUGGUUUGAUUGCAGCAGGCCUAUCAAAAGUUGCUUUGCUGUUGUGAUACCAGCCUGCUGUAAUGGUCAUAGUGAUAAACUUGACGCCAACUUUUAACCAGCCAUCCUAUUUCACCUGAUUUCCCACCGGACAUCAGCCAAAAUGAGACUUCACAAAAUGAAUAGCCAAAUAAAAUCAUCCUAAGUGAUUAAGGCUUAUCCUACAACACUACUACUGUGCCUUUUAACCUUUCAUGAUAGAAAUCUUGCUCAGAUGUUAUAGUUUAAAUUUUAAGAUUUUUAUCAGUUUAUAAUCAGUGACAGUGCAUCUUUGGUCACAGAAUGGUUCAGUCCAUUCUGUGCUUGUACUUCCAGAGGACCCAAAUACUUCUCUCAAAUAGCUCUAUUCACUGUUUGCAGUAAGUUUUAGGUCAAGUCUUAUACAUGUUAAGAAAUAGAAAGUUACUUGUAUAUAUGAGUUACUAUAUUUUUAGGGUCUUCAGAGCGGCGGUACACUAGGGGUGAACCCCUGCGUUACAGAGAAUGUAAGUGUACACAUUCACAAGGGGCAAUAUGAGGAGAGACUAUUUGCCUUCAAAAACAAUCCUAGCAUUGAUCUGUUGGUUUUUAUUAGUGCCUUUUUAAAACUGCUGCCUUUUUAAAAGCACUUUAUACAGCUAGAUAUGUGUCAGUUUUUUCACAGAACUCCUGGUGGAUGAGUGUUUUGUCGGUACGCCUGUAGUUAAUUUGAGUAGUCAAACUAACUGUGCUGUGAUUUAUUUAAGGAGCAAUUUUCCCCCCCAAGUACAGACAAGAACCUAGUGCAUGUCUACAUACAGAAUGUGAGAGGAAGUAUUCCGCUGUAAGUGUUACUUCUGAAUUGUCACUGAAUUGAGGUUGCAAGGGUGCUGAGGUCAAAGAGUUAACUGAGAAGAGAAUCCAUUAUGUGCAGGCAGAAAGGUUAACGUUAUCCUCAUGACCAUGACAGCAGGCUUGGCACUACUAACAUACCUACAACACUGUUAAAAACAAUUUUGGGGCCCAGUUAACUAACACUACAAUAAAAGGGU